AUGGGUCAGCUCCUGAAAGUGGCCAAGCGGGCAGAGCCACCCGUCGACGACAUCAGGCGAUUGUCACGUCUAUUAUUUUUAUUUUCUUUCUUAUUUUUCUUUCAUCUUAAAUUCUCCCUUCUUUCCUUCUUCCUUCUUUCAAAUUUCUUCCUUCCUUUUUUUUCUUCCUUCCUUUUCCUUCUGACUUUCCUUCCUUCCUUUUUCUUUUAUCAUCCUUACCUUCCCCUUCCUAUUUCUUUCAUGUACCUUCCUUUCUUCCUCCCCUUCUUCCCUCCAUGCUUCCUUACUUCCUUCCUUCUGCCCUUCCUUCCUUCUGUCCUUCCUUCAUCUUCCUGCCUUUUCCUUCCUUCCUUUUUCUUUUCUUUUCUCCUUACGUACUUUCUUUUCCUUUCAUCUUCAUUCCAUCCUUCAUUUUCCUUCCUUCUUCUUUACUUCCUUUUUUCCUCCCUUUUUUCGUUCAUUCCUUCCUUUUUUUAUUCUUCCUUUUUGAUUUUCUUUCCUUUUUCAUUCCUACCUUUUUCCUUCAUUCCUUUUCCUUUCGGACGUCUUUUCUUCCUUCUCUUUUUCCUUCCUUUUUUUUUAUCAACCUUCCUUUUCCCUUCUUAUUUCUUUCUUCUUUCCCUCCCUUCCUCCUUUUUUCGGUUUUUCCUUCCUUUUUCUUUCUUUCUUUUUUAUUUUCUUUCCUUUUUCAUUCCUGCCUUUUUCCUUCAUUCCUUUUCCUUUCGGACAUCUUUCCUUCCUUCUCUUCUUCCUUCCAUCUUUUUUAUCAACUUCCUUUUCCCUUCCUAUUUCUUUCUUCUUUCCCUCCUUCCUUCCUUCAGUUUUCCUUCCUUUUUCUUUCUUUCUUUCUUUUUCAUUUUCUUUCCUUUUUCAUUCCUGCCUUUUUCCUUCCUUCCUUUUUCUUUCGGACGUCUUUCCUUCCUUCUCUUUUUCCUUCCUUCUUUUUUAUCAACCUUCCUUUUCCCUUCCUAUUUCUUUCUUCUUUCCCUCUCUCCCUUCUUUCCUCUAUUUUUCCUUCCUUUUUCUUUCUUUCUUUCUUUCUUUCUUUCUUUCUUUUCAUCUUCCUGUCUUUUCUUUCUUUCAUUCCUUCAGUCUUUUUUCAUCGUCCUUCUUUCCAUUUCCUUUUAUAUUUCCUUCUUUCCUUUUUCUUUCAUCUUUCCUUUGUCCUUCUUUCUUUCCUUCUCUCCUUACUUCCUCCCUUCUUUUUCCCUCCUUCUUUUGUCUCUGCCUUCUUUUUUUUCAUCUUGCUUCCUUCCUUAUUCCUUCUUUCUCUCUUCCCUCCUUCCUUUUCUCCAGUUUUCUUUCUUCCUCAUUUUAAACUCUCCCACCGACACGCAUUUAGAGGCGAGAGUGCAUGCGUGCAGUUGUCGGUCUGUGCCUAAUAAUUCGUAUCUAAUCAUGUCCGUUUUGUUGGCAUUUGAAAACCUGUUAACUCGCCCUGCCUCUUCUUUUCUUUCUUACUCUUUUUCUUAUACUUUCUUUUCUCGGGAAAAGAGGGUUAUCUUGUGUCUUUCUUUCUUUCUUACGCUUUUUUUCCUUUCUUUUCUCUCUUCCUUUGCUGUAUCCUUGUUUCUAUCUUUGUUUUUUCUCUUUCUCUCCCUCGCUCUCUCUCUCUCUCUCUUUUUGUUUCUUUCUCUCUUUCCAUCUGUCUUUUUCUCACUUUCAUCAUCCUUUCUUUUCUUUCUUUUCUUUCUUUCUUUCUUUCUUUCUUUCUUUCUUUCUUGUCUUGCUCUGUCCUUUUUUUUAGCGCCCCCUGUCCCUCUUCCCCUCUCACUUUGCCUUCCCCUCUUUCUCUCUGUCCCUCUCUGCCUUCCUCUCUUUUUCUCUGACCCUCUCUCUUUGCCUUCCUCUCUUUCCCUCUGUCCUUGCUCCUCUCUCUCCUUACUUUCUUCUCUUUCUCUCUGUCUUUCUCUCCCCUUCUCACGCGCUCUUUGA